CCAAGAAAAACCCUAAAUUCAAUCAAAAUUCCACUUCACUGCAUGAGUACCCUCUCCGGACACCUAUUUGCUUCCUCGUCAAGGUCGGCGGGAGAAGUGCUCUUUCGUGACUUCUUCACCGGCGUUUGUUUUCUCUAAAACGCCUUUUCGAGUUGAAAUCCGCCGCCAAAUCGGUGACGCGCCACCGUCAUCGCUGCCGUUUCGGCUGCUGUCGACCGUCAGACAGAGCGCAUGUGAUAAAUGACAAAUAAGGCCGCCGGUCAACGUGCCACCGUCAUUUCUUGGGUUUCCUACGGGGAGUAGAGAUUUAUCUUUCAAUUGAAAAAUCAAGGUGCCAAAUGUUUUGAGGUUCAUGGCGUUCUUCAAAACAGUGAUUGCAAAAUUGGCGACAGAGGCUUCAUCUAACAGAUGCAAUCCUUUUAUAGCUUUUGUUUUGGGUGGUCCUGGCAGUGGGAAAGGAACCCAAUGUGUGAAAAUUGCUGAAACCUUCAGAUUUGCACAUCUGAGUGCUGGUGAUCUGUUGAGAGAGGAAAUGUCCUCCAAUAGUGAAAAUGGAACAAUGAUCCAUGACAUAAUCAAGGACGGGAAGAUUGUUCCUUCAGAAAUAACUGUCAACUUGCUAAGGAAAGCAAUUCAUUCAAGUGGGAACCAUAAGUUUCUAAUUGAUGGUUUUCCUCGAAAUGAAGAAAAUCGUAUUUCUUUCGAGAGGAUUGUUGGGGUUGAACCAGAUAUUGUGCUCUUUUUUGACUGCCCUGAGGAGGAGAUGGUUAAACGAGUACUAAACCGUAAUCAGGGAAGAGUUGAUGAUAAUAUUGACACAAUGAAGAAACGUCUCGAAGUGUUCAAGAAACUGAAUCUUCCUGUAAUAGAUUAUUACUCUGCAAAAGGAAAAGUUUGCAAGAUUAAUGCAGUAGGAACUGUGAAUGAGGUUUUUGAAAAAGUUCAACCAGUCCUUGCUGCCUUGAGGAUAUGAAACGCAAUGAAAUGCUUGAAGUUUUUAAGACGUGAAGAGACAGUCCUGGAUUUUGUCAGUUAUAGCCAUUGUGGUGUUCAUCUGUUUCCUCAGAUUUUUUACGAGGAUUUGCAAAUGAUCCCAUUCCCAUGUUCUUUUCCUUUCUUUUCGAAAGUAAAAAUUCUGCUCGUGUCCUUGAAGAAAAAUUAUUGGAUACUAAACUUCAAGGUGUUUGGACACCCAAAAGAAAGGGGACCAAAAAGAAAAAAAAA